AUGGCAAUAGGAAGUAAUUUGCAUAUGCUAAGGAGGUGUGGCACGGCUUUCCUGCAGAAGUUAGGAAGGAUACCAAAAGGGGCUUGUGACCAAGCAUUUGAUGACCUUUAUUUCCUCCAGGUAUCUGCAAUAAAUUUCACGGUAAUAAAAGUGGAAGCUGUGGAUAAAGAUUUUUCACCCUUCUUGAGCCUCAUUACUUACAGUCUUUGGGGUCCAAACUCUGAUUACUUUUAUAUAAGGGAAGGAGAUGGAAACAUCAUGGUGAAUAAAACAUUGGAUUACAACAAGGUCAACCUUUUCAAUUUAACAGUCCAAGCAAAGGAAAAAUUUGGAAACAACAGCAAUACUACGUCGUUAGUAAUUAACGUACAAGAUUAUGAUACGUUGAACCCCUAUUUCAGCCAAUCGGUGUACAAUGGAAAAAUCAGUGAAGACCAGGUGGGUGCUCUGGCUAUUCUCCCAGAGGAGAUAUUGGCUAAAGAUGGAGACACAGGUAUAAAUGAAAAAGUAGUUUACAGCAUCAAACUAGUGAACCCCCCAGCCCAUAGCAACACCUUUUUAAUCAAUGCAGACACUGGAGUGUUGGAAGUAAAGACUGCAGUUGACAGAGAAGAAUGUCCGUAUCUUGUUGUGGGCAUUCAGCUGGAAAUGGCUCAGUGUUAUCAGGAUGUGGAAUUUACAGCUACAAACUCUGCUUUCCAGGCUGCUCAGCAAGACAAAGCUUUCAAAACAGCUGAUGCAGUAGUGCUGGUUACUAUUGAAGAUGUGAAUGACAAUAGUCCAGUGUUGUCACAAUCAAGCUACAAUGUCUCAAUUCUAGAAAAUGUCCCAAAUGGGAUGGAAGUUCUUCAUGUAACAGCUAUUGACAAAGAUGAGGUCACUGCUAGAGAUCAUUUGUCACCUUACCAUGAGGUGCACUCUGCAAUCAACAUAUUGUUGCAAGAUGAAAAUGACAACAGCCCAACCUUUAGAGGCGCGCCGUAUGAGCAAGAUCUUUUCAUCAACAUGACUGCAGGAAUGUCCAUUCUUCAGGUUCAUGCUGAUGAUCCGGAUGAUGGUAUAAAUGGAGAGAUAAGCUUUAUCUUAGCUGGUGGCAAUGAAGAUGGAUACUUUGAAUUGGAUCCAUCCACAGGACAAAUCAGUUUAAAAACAGUAAUCCCAUUAGGAGUCAACCAGCUUAAGAAUUUUGUCUUGUGGAUAACAGCUACUGAUGGUGGGAUGAUUCCAAGAAGCUCAUCAGUGCCAGUACAAAUUGUUGCCAUUGGAGAUUCCAGACCACAGUUUACUCAGAAAACAUAUAAUGCAUCUGUGAAAGAAGAGCUAGUCAGUCCUGUUGAAGUAGCAAGAGUAGAGUAUGUGUCUUUAAAUCCCCAUAUACCAGUUACAUUUCAAGUACUGACGGAAUCUGCUACAUUUGACAUCGAUGACAGUGGAAUCAUCUCAACAAAAACCAAACUGGACUAUGAAUCCCAGAAUAAUUACGUACUGAAUAUUUCCUUGUCAGAUGGAAAUGCUGCUGACUAUGCUACGGUGUUUAUCAAAGUUACAGAUGUCAAUGAUAACAGGCCGAUGUUUGGUAUAACCAAUCCUACCAUUACUAUUCCGGAGAACAUGCCAGCUGGAACUAGUAUUACCAGUGUGUCAGCUACGGAUGUGGAUGAAGGCUUUAACGGAUUAGUGGUUUAUACUCUGAAGGGUGGAGAAGGAAAAAUGGAUAUUGACACCUCAGGUUUAAUUUUGCUGGAAAAGGUUUUGGACAGAGAAGAACAAGGCUUCUAUAACUUAACAGUGAUUGCCAGUGACCAAGGCCAACCCGUGCUGUCUACAGCUCUCAGUUUGACUGUCAUCGUUGAUGAUGUGAAUGACAACAUUCCAGUCUUCUCAUCAAGUGGAUAUGCAGUGAGUGUCCCUGAAGAUGAAGCGGUUGGAAGGACUCUGCUAACAGUAUCUGCUACUGAUUUGGAUGCUGGGGCCAACGCUCUCGUGAAGUACAGAAUUGUCAGCCAGCAACCUCAAACCUCCUUGCCAGUGUUUCUUGUCAAUUUGACCACAGGCCAACUCAGCCUGAGCCAGCAGCUGGAUUAUGAAACCAUAAAGCAAUUUGAAGUAGAAGUGGAGGCAUCAGAUGGAGGGCAGCCAAGUCUCAGCUCUAAAACACUUGUUGUUGUGCAUGUACUAGAUGUCAAUGAUAACCCGCCAGAAUUUAAUCAGGCAGCUUAUGAUAUAUUUGUGUUUGAAAACCUACAAAAGGGUAGUCCUAUCUACAUGUUCAGUGUUACUGACAAGGACGAGGCUGGCUUUUCCCAGGGACACUUUAUUCACAACAGCACUUUGUUUACUGUGGAUAUCCCCGGAAUACUUUCGUUAAGGAAUGACGCAGAACUGGACAGGGAGACUACACCUGCAUUCACUUUACAAGUAUGGGCAGUUGAUGCUGAAACGAAUGGGCUUAAUUCAAGUGUCUUGUUCCACAUCACUGUUCUGGAUGUCAAUGAUAAUAACCCUGAGUUUCAGGCGCAGCCAUACAGUUUUGUGAUUUGGGAAGGAGAUUAUGUGUUGGGUGCUCCUGCUGUAGUUGGAUAUGUGAUUGCUACUGAUUUGGAUGAGGGAGACAAUGCGCGAAUUACUUAUUACUUAUCAGCUGGGGAUGGGGAUAAUCCAUACAGCAUCCAACAGAAUGGAACCAUUUUGGUUAAUGGCAACGUAGACAGAGAAACUAAAGAGAAGUAUGAGCUGCUGUUGGUGGCAUCUGAUAACGGAGUACCUCAAAGGCAGAGUUUCACAUAUGUCAACAUUCAACUGUUAGAUGUGAAUGAUAACCCUCCUCAGUUUACGAAAGCACAAUACUCGGCUAGUGUACGCAUAGCAACAGCAAAAGAAGGAGCAUCUGUACUAUCCGUGUCUGCUACUGACCUUGACAUUGGGAUCAAUUCUGUUGUUUCGUACAGCUUCGUGAACCAUUCUGAUGAUUUCCGUAUAAAUAACCACACUGGAGAAAUCACCCUCAGCAGUAACUUAGACCACAUCACAGCUGACACAGUUGUUACACUGAUAGUUAUUGCUGCUGAUAAUGGAGUUCCUCAGCUUACAGCAAAUGCCUCUGUUACUCUCUACUUGCUGGUAAACGACACUAGCUUCGGCCUGACUUUUGAUAGCUCCAGCUAUGAGUUCAGCGUUCAAGAAGAACAACCAGCUGGGACUGCUGUUGGCUCUGUGAAGGCUCUGACUGGAAGCAUAGCUGUACAAGAGACAUUGUGGCUCUUACCAAGCUAG